AGGAUCUAGCUGAGCUCCAGGCUCCCCUGUAAUGAUGCCGUCGAGAACAAACCUGUCUGCUGGGAUUCCCAGUAGCAAAGUGAAAUAUUCCAAGCUCUCCAGCACUGAUGAUGGAUAUAUUGACCUGCAGUUCAAGAAGAGCCCACCAAAAAUCCCCUACAAGGCAAUUGCACUGGCUGUCGUGCUCUUCAUGAUCGGGACCUUCCUCAUCAUCAUCGGAGCCCUCCUCCUGGCAGGAUACAUCAGCAAAGGUGGCACGGACCGGGCCAUCCCCGUGCUCAUCAUCGGCACCCUGGUGUUCCUGCCCGGCUUCUACCACCUGCGCAUCGCCUACUGCGCCUCGCGCGGCUACCGCGGCUACUCCUACGACGACAUCCCCGACUUCGACGACUGA